CUAUCCCACUGAUAUACCACCCCUAGCAACGUGAGAAGCACGCGUUUUGUUUUUAAAAUUUUUUUCUGUUUUCCGACUAAAAUGGCCCUUCUCACUGCGAAGCGCCCGAAAAAAGAGGCUGCCCCGGCCACAGACAGUUCGAACCACGAAUCGGACUCGGACGACAGUCAGAAUGUUGACGGCGACACAGGUGCCAACGCCGGCUGGGCAGACUGCAUUGGCAAAGUACUGAAGAGCAAGUCGGUGGGACCCACAGUGCUGUCCCGGGCCAAGAAGAAUCCCGGAAUCGUUCGUUCCAAGGGCAGCGAAGCGGCAAAGAAGCCAGGCUUCGACUUUGAAGUCGUUGGAGGCGAUGUUAAAGAGGAGACAGAUGAUGAUGACGAUGAUGAGCAUGGCGACGCUAACAGAUCCGCAUUGGAUGCGGAGCUGACCAAGUCGGAGCGCAGAAAUGUUCCGCUGCAGCUGAGAGUGAAGCCCAGCUACCAGGACCUGGAGAGGGAGCGAACACUGCGCAAGGUGGCCACUCGUGGCGUGGUCCAGUUCUUCAACGCGGUGCGCAUUCAGCAGAAGGAUCUCGAGCAGCAGUUGGCCGAUGCGGGGCCACUGGACAGUCGUCAGGAUGCGGUGCUCAAUAAUAUCAACAAACGAAAGUUCCUGGACGUGUUGAUGAGUGGCAAGCGGGCCAAAUCGACGGCCAUAGAUAACGCUGUCAAAAAGGAAGAGCCGGAGGAGACGGAUGAUGACGACGAGGACGACAAUGAUGACACUGCUGCGGAGUCUUCGUCCGGCAAAAAGAAGUCCGAGUGGAAUGUGCUGCGAGAGGACUUUAUGACCAACAAGAAGAUCAAGCACUGGGACGAGGAAGAUGACGAGGGCAGCGAUCAGGGGGCCAACAACGACGAGGCGGAUGAUAGCGACGACGAUGAUGAGGAAGAUUAGUGUUUAAUUACUUUAAUAGGCCUUAAUAAAUUAGAGUUCUUUGA